AUGGUGAGCUCCGGGUCACCCGAGGCUCAGCAGCCGGCGUUGCAGAGCGGAGCGUCCGGCGCGGCGCGGAACGGAGCUUACUCGCGGUGCAGCCCCUCGGCCGCCCGCCGCUCCCCCAGCCCGGGCAUCAGGCCGCCGGGCGCGCUCCGCGGCUCCAGCGUUCCCUGCGCUCGCCUUCCCCCUCCCCGGCUCCCGGCGAAGGGCGGACCAGCUCCAGCCGCCGCAAAGUUCUCUCCCAAGCCGGAGGCAGACGUCCACGCGACGGAGAACGCGCUGCCGCUCGGCCUCCUUCCGCUGCGGGCCACGUCGAAGGCGAGUCCCGGCUCCUGCCCCGGGACGCGGGGGUCCCCGCCGCUGCUCCUGCCGCCGCCCGCGCCUCUCGCGCCGCUUACAUUAACACGCGGUUUCACACUCGCUAGCGAACCAGCGCCCCGCCCGAGACCAGCGGCGGGGGCGGCGAGCGCCGGGAGGGGAGGGCCCGCCCCCCCGCCGCGGACGUGGGCGGAGCCGAGGCCGCUCAGCCAACCGCGUGCGCCGAGCCAACGUGGGGCGCUGACGCGCGCCGGCCGCAGCCAGUGUGGGCCUUCGCCCCGCCCACCUCGCUCGGCCUCGGUUCGCCUGGGUCUCCGCCCACCAGCCCGCGCCCCUCCUCCGCCAGCGCGUCCUGUGCGCUCCGAGGGCCGCCGAGGUGCCCGAGGAGCUGCGGGGCGCACACGCCAGCCAAUGGGGAGCGGUCAGACGCCGAGAUUGGCGAGCAGCCUCCGAAGGUCGGUGGGAAGGAGAGUCCUGAGCCCGACUGUCAAUCAAAGUGAGGCUCCAUUCACAACUUUGUCGGAAGCUUAUUUGUUCCUGGAGCUGCCUUUCCACGGACGCACGAGAAGCGAACCCGUGCCUUUGAUGGGAACUGCGUGAGCAUCGCGGCCGCCGGCGCGCGCACACCAUCGCGGGAAGACCGGACUGCUCGCCGCACAGGCUUGGAAAGACUCCGCACCACUUCAAUGAAAGGUCGACCUGACUCGGUUUGGCGAGGAAGAUCCCUAAGGUGCAGGCGGUGUUAGACACUCGUGCCCCAUGCGCAGAUGAGAUGCUUUUGCGCCCCGCGAGAAAUCUGGGUUUUGAUCUUCAGAUGAUUUCAACUGUUUGGAUAGGAGAGAAGUGGCCGAGAGUUUUAGGAGACUGCCGGAAGAGCUCUAGUCAGUUUCUGAUUUCUGGGAAAUGAAAGACAAUGGAAUAAACCUGCAUCGGGACGUGAAACCUGCCCCCCCCCCCCGUUGCUUUGCUUGUACUCCAGGCAGAGACGUAAAUGAAACAGCUUGAGGAGCUUGUUUAAUGAGGAUUGACAUAAGAGGAAUUUCAAGUUUUAAAUAAAGGAGACAUGCUAUGGAACUAA